AUGCGAGAUCAUAGGGAUCUAAAAACUGUUUCAACUGACAAACUCUUUAGUGAUCUCAAAGCGUACGAGUUCGAGAUGAAAUCAAAACUUGAGGAGGAACGAAAUUCAAAAAAUUCAUGUGGAAAAACAACUUCAACAAUUCAUCUCAAAGAAAUCAAGGAAGUUCAUCCAGAAGACCAAGAAGGGAAUUUUCUGAUGAUAACACAAACUUGUGUUACAACUGUAGAAAACCAGGACAUUUCAUGGCAGAAUGUACAUUUAUCCGCUCUUCACGAUGAAAUGUGGGAUGUUAUCUCAGAUGGUCCUAUUGAAAUCAUGAAGGUCAAUCCUUCAUCAAUCCUAAGCCCAGAUGGACCGCAGUAUGUUUCAAAGCCAAAGAUGGAAUGGACUUCUGACGAUAGAUUGCGAAGUAACCUGGACAAUAUAGCUAAGGAUAUACUGUUCAAAGCUGUGGAUGAUACAAUCUUCCCAAAAAUCCGUAAGUGCAAAACAGCUAAAGACGUGUGGGAUAAGUUUGAAGACUUCAAGAUGUUGCCAAGUGAAAACAUUGCGGACAUGGAUGCUAGACUGGUCAAAGUUUUGGGAGAAAUUAGUGAUCUUGGAAAGACCAUUAAUCAGAAAGAAAUCUCUCUCAAAAUACUCCACGGACUACCGUCAAGCUGGGAUAUGAAAGUGACAGCCAUGCGAGAUCAUAGGGAUCUAAAAACUGUUUCAACUGACAAACUCUUUAGUGAUCUCAAAGCGUACGAGUUCGAGAUGAAAUCAAAACUUGAGGAGGAACGUGAAGAAAGAACCACAGCCUUAGUAGCCGAACAACCAUCAAACUCAAGGAAAUUCAAAAAAUUCAUGUGGAAAAACAACUUCAACAAUUCAUCUCAAAGAAAUCAAGGAAGUUCAUCCAGAAGACCAAGAAGGGAAUUUUCUGAUGAUAACACAAACUUGUGUUACAACUGUAGAAAACCAGGACAUUUCAUGGCAGAAUGUCCAUACCCCAAGGAAAUAUCUGAAUCAAAGGAUAGAAGAUUCAAGAAGGAUAAAAGGAAAGCUUUAAUAAGUGACCCUCUUGAGACAAGUGGGUCUGAGGAAUCUUCAAGUGAUGAAAGUGAUAGCUCAACGGAGGAUACUGCACUGCUGUGUCUUCUAAGCAUAACCAGUGAAUCAGAUUUCCAAGAAAAAUGCCUAAUGGCGCAUGAAGUAGAAGAAGACGAGGUAACAUCUAAAUCUUUUGAUUAUGUAAAUUCACCUUUUUCUAGAGAAUCUAUAUUUCAAUUAAUGAAAGAUUGUCAAACUGUUAUGGACACUCAUUCUCAACUCAAAGAGCGCAAUGAUUCUCUAAUUCUUGAAAAAGAUAAAAUAAAUGAGAAAUUGCAAAAUGCUUUACUUGAGAUGAGAAACUUGAAAGCUGAAAAUAUUCGCCUUCAAGAAGAGUGUAAAGCUAGAGAAAUUAGAGAACUGAAAAUAUUCGCCUUCAAGAAGAGUGUAAAGCUAGAGAAAUUAGAGAACAUAAUCUUAGGGAGACAAUAG